AUGGUGCCCCGUCUGGCCCCCAGGUGGCCUGUGUCGCUCUUCCAGUGGCGAGUAGCCUGCACUCCUGGAGCCUUCGUGCAGCAGAGGACAUGGGCAGGGGCAUCCCGAACCCCCUCGUGGGGCAGACUUCAUGGAGUCGCAAGCAUUAGCCCCCGGGUCCGCAGAGGCAGCUCCUCCGCGUCCUCCCAAGCCCCUGAGGUGGUGCUGACCUGCGAGCGCUACCCCGUGCGGCGGCUGCCCUUCUCCACGGUGUCUGAGGAAGACCUGGCCGCCUUUGAGCACAUCGUUCCCAGGAGGGUCAUCACAGACCCAGAGGAGCUGGAGGCUUCGAAUGUGGACUGGCUGAGAACCAUGCGCGGCUGUAGCAAGGUGCUGCUGAAGCCCCGGACUUCGGAGGAGGUGUCUCACAUCCUCAGGUACUGUCAUGAGAAGAACCUGGCCGUGAACACCCAAGGGGGCAACACGGGCCUGGUGGGGGGCAGUGUCCCUGUCUUUGAUGAGAUCAUCCUGUCUACUGCCCUCAUGAACCAGAUCAUCAGCUUUCAGGACAUAUCUGGGAUCCUGGUUUGCCAGGCGGGGUGCAUUUUGGAGGAGCUGAACCGGUACGUGGAGGAGCGGGACUUCAUCAUGCCCCUGGAUCUGGGAGCGAAGGGCAGCUGCCACAUCGGCGGUAACCUGGCAACCAACGCAGGCGGUCUGCGGUUUCUGAGAUAUGGUUCUCUGCGUGGGACUGUCCUGGGCCUGGAAGUGGUGCUUGCUGAUGGCACCAUCCUGAACUGCCUCACCUCCCUGCGGAAGGACAACACAGGCUAUGACCUGAAGCAGCUCUUCAUCGGUUCAGAGGGCACCCUGGGGGUCAUUACUGCCGUGUCCAUCUUGUGUCCACCCAAGCCCAGGGCUGUGAACGUGGCUUUCCUUGGUUGCCCAGGCUUUGCUGAGGUUUUGCAGACUUUCAGCACUUGCAAGAGGAUGCUGGGGGAGAUCUUGUCGGCGUACGAGUUCAUGGAUGCUGAGUGCAUGCAGCUGGUCAGGCAGCACCUUCACCUCACCAGCCCAGUGCAAGAAAGUCCCUUCUAUGUCUUGGUCGAGACCUCAGGCUCCAGAAUGGAGCACGAUGACGAGAAGCUGAGCAGCUUCCUGGAACAUGCGUCGAGCUCCGGCCUGGUGACUGACGGGACCCUGGCCACCGAUCAGAGGAAAAUCAAGAUGCUGUGGGCCCUUCGGGAGAGGAUCACGGAGGCGCUGGGCCGGGACGGUUAUGUGUACAAGUAUGAUGUUUCUUUGCCCGUGGACAGGCUCUACGACCUUGUGACCGACCUGCGUGCCCGCCUUGGCUCAAAGGCCAAGCACGUGGUGGGCUAUGGCCACCUGGGGGAUGGCAACCUGCACCUCAACGUAACAGCAGAGGCCUUCAGCCAGUCACUGCUGGGUGACCUGGAGCCCUACGUGUACGAGUGGACAGCGGGGCAGCGGGGCAGCGUCAGUGCAGAGCACGGGGUCGGCUUCAAGAAGCAGAGUGUCCUUGGCUACAGCAAGCCGCCUGAGGCCCUGCAGCUCAUGCAGCAGCUCAAGGCUCUCCUGGAUCCACAGGGCAUCCUGAACCCCUACAAGACGUUGCCCACCCGGGCCUGA